AUGGCUUCGAAACUUUUCCUGCGAUCUCUUUCUUUACAAAGUGUUUUCUUUUUGUACAGUCGCGUUCAUUGCAUCGACAUUUUUCAUGCACAUAAAAGAGUAAGUCAAUGGGAUCAUUACACUCAUACUUAUCCUGAGAAGAUCGUCGACUACUCUAAUGAAGAUAUUGCUUGCGAUUCAUAUCAUAACUACAAAGAUGACAUUCAAUUAAUCAAACAAAUGGGGAUGGACUACUAUCGAUUUUCGUUCAGUUGGACAAGAAUCUUACCGACCGGCUACUCAAACAUUAUUAGCAAUGAUGACAUCCAAUAUUAUCAUAAUUUGCUGGAUAAAAUGGAAAAAUACAGCAUAAAACCAUUGGUCACAGUAUAUCACUGGAAUCACCCAUGGUCUUACGUUAAUGGAUUGUUUGCGCCAGGUUUGAAAAUUAGAAAUCACGCUGCAUAUCUGUGCGCUGAAAAUGUCGUGAAAGCACAUACUCGUCCCUACCACAAAUAUGAAGAGGAAUUCAGAGCUAAACAGAAUGGUAAAGUUGGAAUAGUGAUAGGGAUAAGAAAUUAUUGGCCUAAAAAAAAAGACGGAAAAGAUAUCGAGCGAUGUUGGAAUUCAGUAUUCUCGAAAGAAGGCGAAUUAUGA